UGCCGCCAGAUCGAAUCAAUGGGGGCGGCACGAGCGACAAGGGUAUAGCUAGCUAUCCAUAAUUAUCGUACACGGCACUGGACACCAGCUGGCCAGCCUAGUAACCGCCACCACCGCGAAGCCCUCGGACGAACGAACCCGCCGCCGCCGGCCACCAUAUAUACCGGCGCACACAGCUACCUCGACCAAGCGGCCGGUGUGCGCGUCAGUGUGUCAGUGCGUGUGCGCAGGGUGAGGCGGAGGAGAUGGCGAGGCACUUCGUGCUCAACACCGGCGCCGAGAUCCCUUCGGUGGGGCUCGGCACCUGGCAGUCCAAGCCUGACGACGUAGGCGACUCCGUCUACGCCGCUGUCAAGGCAGGGUACCGGCACAUCGAUUGUGCCAGGGCUUACCGCAACGAGAAGGAGAUUGGUUUGGCUCUGCAAAAGCUGUUCGAAGAGGGUGUAGUGAAGCGUGAAGACUUGUUUAUCACCUCUAAGCUAUGGCAUGAUCAUCAUGCUCCAGAAGAUGUGCCAGAGUCGCUAGGCAAAAGCCUGAACGACUUGCAGCUUGAGUACUUGGAUCUUUACCUUAUCCAUUGGCCAUUUAGACUCAAGAAGGGGACUGACUGGAGUAACCCUGAAAACUUUGUCCCACCUGACAUCCCUGCUACUUGGGGAGCAAUGGAAAAGUUAUAUGAUACUGGCAAAGCUCGUGCAAUCGGUGUGAGUAACUUCUCAACAAAGAAACUGGGUGACCUUCUUGCUGUAGCUCGUAUACCACCAGCUGUUAAUCAGGUGGAAUGCCAUCCGGGUUGGCAGCAAACUAAGCUCCAUAACUUCUGUCAGUCAGCUGGUGUUCAUCUUUCUGCGUACUCACCACUAGGUUCACCUGGUUCAGCUUGGAUCAACAGUAAUGUCCUUAAAGAACCAGUCGUUACCUCAAUAGCAGAUAAACUUGGGAAAACUCCUGCACAGGUGGCCCUGCGCUGGAACAUUCAGAUGGGUCACAGUGUACUACCAAAGAGCCUGAAUGAGCGAAGGAUAAAGCAAAAUCUUGAUGUUUAUGAUUGGUCUAUUCCAGAUGACUUGCUUGCAGAGUUCUCUGAGAUUAAGCAGGUUAGGCUGAUCAGAGGCGACUUCACUGUUCACCCGCAGAGCGUUUACAAGACCCUCGAGGAGCUCUGGGAUGAGGAAAUUUAGGAAUGAAAUUGGAGUUCAUCCUGAGCAGAGAGCAACAUAUGUAGGAUCCGGGCACUUCAUAUAUGCUCCUACCACCAUAUUUGCUGGUUUAGUGGGCGAUUCAAUCACUAGUGUCACCCUAGAUGUUAGUUCUCUGUUCAGAGUUGUUUGUGCAGUUAAAGUAUCUGGCAGCAUUUUAUCCUGUGCUACUAUUACCAGCGUGUAUCUAAACCAGAGAAUUGGCACCAUUCAUCCUUUAGUUUAUCUAUCCCUAUGAAUUUUAUCAGAAUAGUAUUGUGCAGCACCAUGAUCA